GCUGAUGACGUGACCCGUAGCGGUGAGUCAGCACAGGCGCUUUUGUGCGCUGGAACUAUAAAGUGGUUGAUUUUCCGAUGCACAAACAGCAUCUCCUAUUCCUAUUAUUAUAAUAAAAAAUGGCGGCCCCCACAGCGCCUGACUUAGACAGUAACGCAGAGGUGGAAACCAAUCUGCGAAACAGCUCGGUGAAGGAUCAGAACAUCCACAUAAGUCAGAAAGAUAUUGACAACAUCGAUGAUCAGGAAGAGUCAGCCACCGUUCCCUUGCAUUCUCCUUGGACGUUUUGGCUUGAUAGGUCCGUGCCUGGGACUACAGCUGCAGAGUGCGAGUCAAACCUUAAGAAGAUUUACACAGUACAGACAGUUCAGAAUUUUUGGGCAAUUUAUAACAACAUGCCCCCAGCCAAUUCAGCAGAAUUAAAAUGUAGUUUUCAUAAAAUGUCUGGCUCCAGUCGCCCAGUGUGGGAGGAAGAAAGUAAUGCCAAAGGAGGAGUAUGGAAGAUGAAAGUUCCAAAAGAAAGCACAUCUGCAGUUUGGAAAGAGCUUUUGCUAGCAACUAUUGGAGAACAGUUUACAGACUGUUGUGCUUCAGAUGAUGAAGUGAUAGGUGUAAGUGUCAGUGUUCGAGAUCGGGAAGAUGUUGUUCAAGUCUGGAAUGUAAAUGCAGCAUCAGCAAGUGAAGCAACUAUUUUAGAAAAGAUAUACGAGCUUCUACCACUUACAUCUUUCAAGGCAGUAUUUUACAAACCACACGAAGAACAUCACGCUUUUGAAGGUGGACGCAGGAGGCAUUAAUGUUGCUGUACAAGAUUAAUACUUUCUUCUGGUUUUGAACACAAUAUUAUAAGGGGAGGGCUUGGACUUAUUUUUUCUUAAGCACUACUCUGAUCCUUUUAGAAGACUCCUUUUAAAUUGUGUAAGUUAAACAGUAAGUUUAAGUAAAAUAUAUGCAGUAUCUGUAUUUGUUAUUUCCCAUGCUUUUUUAGUAGUUCAUAUCACAUUUGUAUAAACUUUCAUACCGUUUGCUGUUUUCAUUAGAUGCAACAAGUAACUUAUUUUGGUAGCAUUCAUUCAUUUUGUCAGAAUGUCUCCAAUUUAAAUGUUUGAAGAUUUAGGCUGUAUUUAACAGCAAUAUGCACAUAAAUGACAUGCUGCUGCUACAGUUUCUUUUAACUUUAAAAUAUAGUUUGUUGGUCUUUUUUUUUUUUUUUUUUUUUAACAUUCCUUAGAAGUUGAAUUUUUUUCAUGAUCAUUGUCCCAGGAAUGAUGUAUUGCACUGCUCAUCUGGUCAGAUAAUUUGCACUGAUAUUAACAAAGAAAUACUGUAAAUGUGUGGGUUUUGGUUGUCUUGAAUGCUGGCCAAAAAUCUUUUUGAGUAUUUUAUUGACUUUCUGUACGAAAUUUCUACCAGAAAUAACAGAUUUUGUUGCAAUGUGUAGAUAACUGUGUUGUACUCCCUCAGCUGUUCUUUUACUGAGAUUAAAACUAAACGCAAUUGCUAGUUUAAAUUAAAAUGUUUGUGUGCGCAAAACUAAAAAUCAUGUGACUGCUUUGCUUUUUGGAUGCUUUUCAUUAUGCACAUUUUGUUGGGACUUAAUUUGUACAAGGAUAUUAUGAUUGUGGUCAGCAGUGAGUUACUUACAGCUGAAAAUUGCUUAAGUAAGACUUGGAGUAGUGUCCUUUGCAGUUUGGUUCCUGUUUUAAAUGUAGUUACUGGUUUUGAACAAAAACUGAAAAUGGACAUUAAAAUGGCUCAUAGAGUUAUAAAGCAGCAGUUCACUUAACCUGUAACAAUGCACAGUGGCAACUGCUUUUUGACGUGGAAUCCAGGCUUCUUAAUGUAUGCAGGAUGAGGCUACCCUUUUUUGUACUUCCAGAGAAAAUGGCAUUCUUCUGUGCUUAGCUGUCUCCAGCUGGCAUUAUGUGGUACUUCAGUUUUGUUAGCAUAGGAUAUUGUGCCAUUUUUUGAGCCCACAAAGAAAUUUAAAGCUCUGAAUUGCUGCAUACUUCAGAGUACAGUACAUUUAGAAAUGCAGCCUGGAUGCAUGCUUCCUUUAUUUUAGUGGGCAUUGGAUUUAUUAUGUUAUAGUCUGGUGCUUUAUAAACUCUUCACUUUUGUUGUAAAAUAUUUUAUACAAGAAGUAUUUUUGUUUCCAACAUUUUAAUAUUUAAAUUGUGUUCACUGUAAUCGAAUUAGUGAUUUAAGGCUUUUAUUGGGUAGCUUUCUGAAAUUUCUUUUCUUUUAAUACUAAGAUAUAUUAUCCCCUUUUUUUCAUUCCUGUAUAAGGUUUGAAAUGUAUAAGUUAAUUUCUGUCCUCUUGAUACAAAAUUUGCAUUAAACUAUUAUUUUGUUACCUUA